UUUCUUCCUCCCGGCGACCGCGACCCAUUUCCUCCCCCCAGCGCCCGCCGCUCUCCACGCGCUCGGCCCCCGCGCGCCGCCCUCCACGCUCCCCUGCCCAGCUGCAGCUCGAGUCCGGCUGGUGCGGCAGCACCCUCCCUCCCCUUCCCAUCCUGCUUCCCUCUCUCGGCCUCGGUCUUCCUUUCCUAGCGGCGACGGACAUCCGACAGGGCUCGGUUAAUUUCUUCGUGGUGCAAGAUCGAUCGAUCUGGCCAUGGUGCCGGUGCAGUUUGUUUUUCAGAAUUUUGUGGGGUUCAACUGAACCUGUGAGUUAAGUCUGCCGCUGCAAUACACAGCCACACGGCCAUGGCUGCGGCUACAGGCGCCUCGGAGUCGCCGAUGGUGGAGCAAGUUAUCACCGAGUUCUUCGCCAAGAGCCUCCACAUCAUCCUUGAGUCGAGGUCGCCCUAUGAUUCGUCGCGCAACUUCACGAGGCCUUCCCCGCCGUCAUCGCCGCUGUCCGGCAGCCAGCCGCGUGACCGGUGGUUCAACCUUGCUCUCAGGGACUGCCCUGCCGCGCUUGAGAACUUUGACCUGUGGCGACAGAGCAACCUUGAGCCUCUGGUCAUUGACAUUGUCCUCCUGCAGCGUGACAAUACCAAAACCACCAGUGCUGGGGCCGGCAGGAUCAUUGAGAGGUGGGUAAUAAAGUAUGAAACUUGCUCUGGCAGUGGUAGUGGUAAUGGUAGCAAGAACAGUGGAAAGAAAUCUAGGAGCAGCUCUGCUCAGGAUCAUAGCUUGUACAGGAGGGCGUACAAUGGCUCGACAGUGCUGUUCCGUUCACUAUAUCUGGUUGUCAGGCUCUUGCCAGCAUACCAUCUCUUCCAGGAGCUCAAUUCAUCUGGAAGAAUCCGUCCUCUCAGCCUCUCACACAAGAUUUCAUCAUUUGUUGAGCCAUUCACCCGUGCAGAGGAUGCAGAGAUGAAACACUAUGCAUUUGCUCCUAUUGAAACUCUGUCUGGUCGCUUGAGCUUGUCAGUGUCAUAUGUGCCAGUGCUGGAGGUGGCAGCAGCACCAGAGCCAACCACACCGGUGGCAACAGAGCUUAUAAUGGAUUAUGUUGGAAGCCCCACAACAGAUUUCCUGCGGAAGUUUAAUUCAUUACCUUCAGAUGGCAUCGCACCUGCAUCUUUUACAAUGACCAGGCGGCACAGUUGGAGCACUGAGCAUGGAGCUGGGCCAUCAGCAUCACCAUCACGUAUGCCCACCGAUAAUUCUCCAACAGCAUACUCACAUCCACAUGACACAUCAUCAUCUGGGAGAAAGAGAAAUACAGUAAAUGAAGAGUGCUAUCCAUCGCCACCUCUGUCACCAUCACCAUCCCAUUCACCUUCUAGCUACCCGAGAAAUCCUUUCCUCCGAUAUGACAGUGCUCCAUCCAGCAGGCUGCCUCCUUCUCCACAUAGGAAGGAUAAGCAACAAUGCCCCUUUCAAAAUGAGAAUCCGACACAUUCUCCCUAUGAUAAAUCAAUAGUAACAAAUAAUUUGGUCAGGCUGGGUGAGGUUCAGAAUGAAAAGUCCUUGCAAAAGGUUUUAUCUUUUGGCAAAGAUGAUUUGGUAUAUUUUCGUGGACUAAAGUUGACUCGGACCUCCAGUAAGCUUUUCAUCAUGGAUGAACUGGAUGAGCGAGAGUUGGUUUUUGCAUGGGAAGAUAAAGACACCAUCAUUGAUCAGCUUAGCAGAAUUGAUCUCUCUGACAGGGAGAACCAUGAUUCGAGUCAGGAAGCUGGGGGCUCGUUAACAAGGUCUCCAGAUGCAGCAAUAGGUAUUCUCAUGCGCAUCCUGAAAAAUGCACCAGGACUCAGGGAAAGGCUACUGACGGCCCCUGCCGCCCCAGUUCCUCAAGAACCUUCUUCUCUCCAGAGGGUCGUGACCGAGGAACAUUGCAGCGGCGCAUCAAGCUCCGCAGGGAUGCCUAGCGCUCUGUUGAAGUCAAGGACAGCAGCGGACGCACUGGAGGAGCUGAACAGAUACAAGGAGAUUAGGGAAUCGAUACUGAAUCGCGGCAAAGGGCAUCCCCGCGACGACGCCGAGCUAGAGGAGAAACCCGCAGAUGGAGAUCCUUAGCAUACAGUAUGACGACGAAAGCUCGCUGUAUAUAAGUAGUAGUCUAGUAGAAGCUACCUGACUUUCCUUAAGUAGCUGGUGGCUGCUGAGAUGUUUUUGGAAACAAAGUAGCUGCUAGGACGUGACCAACUCUCUCUAUAUAUGCUAUAUAUGUAUAAGCUACGACAUAUAUCCAUCCAUCCAGGUGCCCUGAGAUGAUGACCCAGAUGCUGGGUUGUGUAAAGCUGAAAUGUUUAACUGAAGUGCACGCAUUGAACACGUGGAAGUGCAAUGAAUGUCUUGGACGUUCAGUCCAUCCAUGAA